GGAAGUAUCAGAUCUAGCACUUGCUUUCGAUAUACAAAUUCAGUCUGCUUCCUGCAUUUUUCACCAUCGAUUUCCAGCAAAGACGUGUUUUAUUAUUCUCCCCCGAGGACUCCCUCAGUGAAAAAUCUACUACAGUCAACAACUUAUUCUUCCAUUAGCUGUUAAGUCCACAUAUUUGCAAGAUGGGAGAACCAGAAAAGAUGAUUGAGUCACCAGACUCUCGCAGUCUGACGGACUCAAGCGAUUCUGGCGUGUCGAAAGAACUACCACCGUCGCCAUCCUCUCGCAGUAUAGCAGAAUCGGAUAGUUCUGGAGGCUCAAGCUUGAUGAAAGUAUCCGUGGAUCCCAAAAUUCUGGAAGAUGUUGCUAGACAAUCUGCCACGCCGAUUUUGAGAUUCUAUCGUUUCAUCACCUCCGAGUAUCGACUUUUAUUCACAAUUGUAUUUUGUCUUAAUUUGGGAGGCGUCGUAGGAUUCCUGUAUCAAUGGGCUACAAAUGGGACACCAAGUCAAACAGCUGCUGCUUUGGCAACCUCAAUCAACCUUGUUGUCGCAAUUGUCAUUCGGGAGGAGCAUAUCGUCAAUCUUUUGUACACCAUUUUUGCAUCCGCGCCAAAAUCAUUCCCUUUAUGGCUUCGCAGACGUAUGGGGAAAAUCUACCACUUGGGAGGUCUUCAUUCCGGAUGUGCUUCAGCCGCCACAUUUUGGUUCAUUCUCCUCUCUAUUGAAAGUAGCUGGAGGGGACCAUACAACGCGGAAAAGAUCAUCUUGCUCAUUCUCAUCUACAUCUUGGAUAUUCUUCUCAUCUCAAUGAUUGUCAUGGCUCAUCCAACUAUCCGUGCAAAACUUCACAACAGUUUUGAAAUCAUCCAUCGAUUCGCUGGAUGGUCAGCACUUGCUUUGCUAUGGACUCUUACCGUACUCACUAGCGAUAUUCAGCGACCUUCAACUCAGAAAUUAACAAAGGCAUUACUAGUGAACCCAAACAUGUGGCUUCUCGCUGUAGCCACAUGGAGUAUCAUCAUGACAUGGCUCAAUUGCCGAAAGAUCAAAGUUCAAUCAGAACAACUUUCAACUCAUGCAUUGCGCAUAUAUUUCGACUAUGUUACCCCUUCACCAGGAACAACUAUCCGUAUAUCCAGCAGUCCUCUAUUCGAAUGGCAUGCAUUCGCCACAGUGGCAGAUCCUAAAAGAGAUGGUUUCUCCCUUAUCAUUUCGAACGCAGGUGACUGGACAAAAAAGUUGAUUAACGAACCACCAAAGGAGAUCUGGGCUCGUCGCACGCCGACAUGUGGUGUUUUACGAAUUGCUCCCAUGUUCCGAAGUAUCUUGCUUGUAGCUACCGGUUCAGGAAUUGCACCAUGCUUACCAGUAAUUCUUGCACAACAAACCCGAAUUAACCUCUUUUGGUCAACUCGAGACCCAUUGACCACUUAUGGUGAUGAAAUCGGUGGCAUUAUCAAAGCACUUGGCCCUAAUGCAUACAUCCAUAAUACAACGACAAUGGGAAGGCCCGCAACACUUCCUCUUGUCAUACAACAGUACCGGGAUACUCAGUCGGAAGCCGUUAUUGUAAUUUCGAAUCCUAAAUUGACCAUCAAACUCGUACAAGAUUUGGAAUAUCUCGGAAUUCCAGCCUUUGGUCCUAUCUGGGACUCGUAAAGGAAGGACUGGAUAUCAUCAAUUCCGCACCUCCGCGCCUCUCUCCAGCCGCCCUGGUACGACUGGAUAUCACGAUAAUGAAACCAUGAGCUGUAAAUUUCUAUUGAUUAAUAUAAGCCCCAGAGGGUGUUGUUUCGUUCGUUAUGGCGUUUGUUAAAUUUGGACCCCCUUUUCAUAAGAUAUACGACUUAUGUUUGGCUUCUACAUCUGUUUUGGGAUAUAGAACGGCGGAGUAGGAAAAGUGCAAGUACACGCUAGUCAGUUAGAUCAAUAGAAUAGAUUAUCCUUAUCAACCAUCUUAACGUCUGUCCAAUACUGUGCUAUUUUCUGACGAGCUAGCCCAGAGCGUCGAUGCCGGAUUGGCCUGGCCUUCCCGUCAUAUGUAUAUGUAUGCAGCUAGGUACCCAUCUUUCUUCAACGCCAUCUUCACAACGGCAGGGAAGAAAGUCAAGGAAGUAAUCACAGAACAAAUUGACACGUGCAUGGCACGUGUAUGUUUGAAUUUCCAGAAUUAAAUAUGUAGAUAUGUGUAUGAAAAAUGGUACAACCCAAAUCAAUAUGGUAGUCGGUCUUCCAUGCGCAUUUUGUGAAAUCAUGAAGUUGUGCAGAGGAAAAAGGUGUA